GUGGGCAGUAUCAUCUGAGCGUAGCCCUCACGUGGACUCUUCCCAGCAUCACCCAUGGCGUGCAGCAAGAUGUGUGUGAGGCUCGCCGCCAGCCUCAGGUGCCCGUUCACACUGCCGGUGCGCUUCAGCUCCACAGUAGCCGAGGCCAAGGAGCAGGCUGCAGAGGAUGGAGCACCGGGGAAGCCAUGUCCCGUCAGCUCCGGAGCGGACCACAUGGAGAGGAGCCGGCUCCACAAGCCUUGCCCUGCUGUCACCAUCACGUUUGAGAACACGCAGGAAGCCUAUAAGAGUAAAGCCACGUGGGAGCUGCUGCGGAGCCUCGUGGUGUUCUGGCUCUGCUCUGUGGACCCCCUGGUGGACCGGAAUCAGCAGCUACUACAGUUAUCAAGAAAACUUCUUGGACAGAACCUCUUUGAAGCAAUGAUGAAGAUGACUUUCUAUGGACAGUUUGUUGCUGGAGAAGACCAGGAAUCCAUUAAGCCACUCAUAAGACGCAACAGAGCAUUUGGUGUGGGGUCUGUCUUGGACUACAGUGUGGAAGAAGAUCUUACCCAAGAGGAGGCAGAAAAGAAGGAAAUUGAAUCUUCUACUGCUGAAGCUGAAAAGGAAAAUCUUGGUCCAGUGCAGCGAGAGAAGAAAUACCAAGUACAACCUGGUUUUGGCGACAGACGUGGAGGCGUCAUCAGUGCCCGAACAUAUUUUUAUGCUGAUGAAGCCAAGUGUGACCAUCACAUGGAGAUCUUUCUGAAAUGUAUUGAAGCUUCAGGUGGAAGUUCCGAGGAUGGAUUUUCUGCAAUAAAGUUGACUGCUUUAGGAAGACCACAAUUUCUGUUGCAGUUUUCUGAAGUGCUUGUAAAAUGGCGGAGGUUUUUCCACCAGCUGGCAGCAAAUCAGGGCCAAGCUGGACUUGCUGCUGUUGAAAUUCAGCUCGAAGUGGAGAAGUUAAAGGAGAGCCUGGCAAAUCUUGGAAUUGCUACAAAAGAUGAAAUUCAUAACUGGUUCACGGGUGAGAAUCUCGGACUAUCGGGGACUAUGGAUCUGCUUGAUUGGAACAGUUUAAUUGACAGCCGAACCAAGCUCUCCAAACUUCUUUUGGUGCCAAAUUUACAGAGCGGUCAGGUAGAGGCCCUCUUGUCCAGGUUCACCGAAGAAGAGGAUCUGCAGAUGAAGAGAAUGUUGCAGAGAAUGGAUGUUCUCGCAAAGAAAGCAGUGGAAACAGGUGUUCGGUUGAUGGUCGAUGCAGAGCAGACCUAUUUCCAACCCGCAAUCAGCCGUUUGACUUUGGAAAUGCAGCGUAAAUUUAAUAAGGACAAUCCCAUUAUUUUCAACACCUACCAGUGCUACUUAAAGGAAGCAUAUGACAAUGUGACUGCGGAUGUAGAGCUGUCUAGACGGGAGGGCUGGCAUUUUGGUGCUAAACUUGUAAGAGGGGCUUACAUGCAGCAAGAGAGGAGCCGAGCAGCAGAGGUGGGCUACGAGUCCCCGAUCAAUCCCACUUAUGAGAAGACUAAUGAGAUGUAUCAUAGAUGCCUUGAUUAUGUCUUGGAGGAGAUCCGACACAAUCGUAAAGCAAAUGUGAUGGUAGCCUCUCACAAUGAAGACACAGUGAAAUUCACUCUGAAAAGAAUGAAUGAACUAGGUCUUUGUCCUGAAGAGAAAAAAGUAUACUUCGGACAGUUGCUGGGAAUGUGCGACCAGAUAAGUUUUCCUCUUGGGCAAGCAGGGUAUCCUGUAUAUAAAUAUGUUCCCUAUGGACCCGUUAAUGAAGUUCUACCUUACCUGUCCAGAAGAGCACAGGAGAACCGAAGCCUCAUGAAAGGAGCUGCUAGAGAUCGGGCGCUUCUCUGGAGGGAGUUCAAGAGACGUCUGCUAACUGGCAACCUUUUCUAUGCUCCCAGAUUCUAGAGGGACCUUUUGACCUGUGGUGGAACUGACAAAAUGGCUAUAUAUAUAUAUAUGUGACGUAAAUUCUCUAUAACCAUAGUAAUGGACAAGAUAUCUAUUUGCUUUGAUAGAAGCACAUUAUGGGUUGCUGUUGAGCAUCAAACAUGAAAUAACAUUUGUAAUGUCAUUUUUAAGCAGAGCUCUUACCUUUAGGGAACCUUUGCCUGUGUAUUAGGCAAUUUUAUUUACAACAGGAAAUUUGAUCUGAUCGCUGCUCCUCAAACCUUGAAAAUAUAGGGGGAAGAUUUAUCAUAGACUGCUGGCAUACGCUGGGCAAUGAUAAGCAGGCACUCUGCCGGAGGCUAUUACAAGGCGGCAGAGUAACAUAACUUGCACAAACAUUUUGGUGUUGAAGAAAUUGUGAACACACAGUUUGCAACUUUUCACACCAGAAAACUACUGUACAUUUGUGAUACCUCUAACACUUAGUUUCUGUGUAUUCUCUGAUUAUUGUAUGAUGUAUUCUCUACAAGUCUAGAUGUAUCGAAGAACCCUUUUACUGAACAUUAAAUAGAACUGGAUUUAUUCAGAGAAUAUAUUUAAAAUGAUAUGGGGACCGUAUUACACUUAUCAGUGGAAUAGUGUAAUCAAACUGCAAGCCCUUAUUUUAGAUAUUUGGAUCUAUAGUGUAUAGUGACUUUGUGUCUGAUGAGCUGACAAUCAUGGGUGCCAUGUUUACCCGUCUUAAAUUAAAAGUUAGAGAGCAAGAGUUUAUAUUUCCGGGAUGUACACGGUAAAGACAAUGCAGGCUACAUCUCAUAAGCAGCUUCUGGCUGCAGUUUAAGAGCUGAAAACUGAUUAGCUGCUUAGGGUUAAAACAUAUUGGUAUACCUAUGACCCUGGCUUUAAAGGGGUUGUGUCCCUUCAGCAAAAAGGCAUUUAUCAUGUAGAGAAAGUUAAUACAAGCCAUUUACUAAUGUAUUGUGAUUGUCCAUAUUGCUUCCUUUCCUGGCUGGAAUAAUUUUUCUAUCCCAUUAUACACUGUUUGUAUCCAGCAGCGGUGGCCGUACUUACACACUAUAGAAAAAGUCGCCAACCUGUCUGGUGGCCGGGACUGCGGAAGAGUGCACGGGCCUGUGCUUUUUCCUAAAGUGUGCAAGCACGACCACCUCUGCUCGAUUAAAGGGUGGUUGUAAACAUGGAAAGGAGCAGUGUAAAAUGUGAUAGGGCAACCAUGCUAGAGAUCCCCUUGGAGGUAAAUUGUAAAGGAGACUUAAAUAUUUGCAAUUACAGCAAUUUAAAGUCCAGAAACUCCCAGCUACCAAAGACCACAAAUUGAAAAAGAUAGCUGAUUAGAGAUGGUUGAUGGUCAAUGGGUCAAUGGGCAGUUCUGGUGUGAAAACAAUUCUCUCUCUAUAUUUAUAUAUUUCAGGGAAUUUUUCAGUGCUAGGGCCAGUAUCCAAGAAGUCAGCCCUGAAUAUGUUUAAAGCUUAGAAAAAUUGUUUAACAUCAAAGUUUCCUAACUUGCAAGUAAACGAGUAUCCAUGAUGUGAAAACCAGUAGCCAAUAUGGCAAGUGUAAACUAUUUUAGGUCAAAAGUAAGGCCCCUUUCGCACAAGCAAAUUUUUUUUCGUGCAGGUGCGAUGCGUGAGGUGAACACAUAUCACCCCCACUGAAACCUGACCCAUUCAUUUCAAUGGGUCUGUCAAAUGAGCCUUUUUUAUUUUCACGCAUCAUGUCUGCAUUGCAUGAGAAUCGCAGCACGUU